UGACGUUGCACAAGCGGCGAUGCGGACACAGGUGAGGGGGCCGGAGAGCUGCCGGUGUCAGCUAGUACACGUGGGUUUGCUGACGCGCGUUUUUUAACUGUAUAUGAUGUCAGAGUAAUUUUUCAACAGUGAUAGACAUCAAAACAGAAGGACUGCUUUCACCUUGGUAAAUUUUGCAGUUUCGUCUGCACACACCGUUCCGUAACUUUCCAAAAAGAAAUGUCGUUUUAACACGCCUGGAUCUUGUUCAGUUCAGGGUGCCGUUCGAUUUUAUGAAAACUCUUCGACUGGACUCUAAAAGUGUCUGAAGACGAGUGUCUGAAAAGGGUGCCAGGGCAGUAACUCCGUUAAAAGAUACAACAGCGAUACGAUGGAGUAUUUGCCCGACAGCAAUUCGAGAUAUAAAGACGUGGGAUACUGGGAUGAGAGGUACAGGAGAGAGGAGUCGUUCGAGUGGUUCGGAGACCUUUCAAAAUUCCAGCACUUACUUGAGCAGCACGUCAAGAAGGACGAUGCCAUACUUAUUCUGGGUUGUGGGAACAGCUCGCUCAGCUUUGACAUGUACCAGCGCGGCUUCCGCUCCAUCACCAAUGUGGACUAUUCCUCCGUCUGCGUGGAGACCAUGGCGAGCCGGCACUUCGACUGCCCCGGCAUGACGUGGCUGAAGAUGGACGUCCGGCAACUGGAAUUCCCCGAGGGCACCUUCGACGUGGUCUUGGAGAAGGCCACACUGGACGCCAUGAUGGUGGACGAGAGGGACCCGUGGCAUGUUUCCACGGAAACCGCCAACUUGCUCCAUCAGGUGCUGAAGGAGGCAAGCCGGCUGCUGAGACCUGCCGGACGUUUUAUCUCCAUCACCUUCGCCCAGCCACACUUCCGGAGGCGGAUCCUGGCCCGGCGCGAGUACGGCUGGUCCGUGGUGCAACAUAGCUACGGCGACGGCUUCCAGUACUUCUUCUACGUCAUGACCAAGGGCGAGGCACUGAGCCCGGAGGACCAGGCCCUGGAGAAGAGGCUCCUGGAGAGUGAGGACCCCCAGGCCGUGGUGCCCCGGGAGGAGCCCGAUUCAGAGGACUACCUGAGCAGAAUCUGUCUUUAAGGCAGCCCCCAACCUCCCCCCCCCCACCCCCAAACGCUAUGCCAAAGCCUCACAGGGAGUCUGCCAGCAUUUUAACCAGCACACGUGACUGCUAAAUGAUCAGAAUUAAUUUACCACUCAAGUCUUCAGAUAUGUUUGUACCUGGUAGACAUUUUUAAGAUUUUAUAUGCAGAUUUAUACGUUUAAAUGGCGGCCGGAUGGUCUUUUUUGUUUUUAUUUCAGUCCUUUUUUAGAUUCUGCAAAUCUAUCUGCCUUUUUUUGUUUCUUUCGCUGCCUCACGGGAAUCAAAGUCAAAAAUCUGACACUGAGAGAUAAAAUGCUGGAUAUCAGGAAAAUGCGAAGAGGCCCCCUUGGGACCGGCCCACUGCGAAGAGAUGUCUGCGUUUCUCAAGGAAACACUGCAGGAAGUCGCAGGCCUCACUGCUGUUUAAAUAUAGAUUCCGUGGGGUCAUUAAUAAGACCGAAAUCAUUUAUUUUUAAUAAUCUGCUGAAAUGUAAUUACAGUCUAUUUUUACGGCCGAAUAAAAGGUGUGUGAUUUCUGUGA